AAGUGUCACCUCCCCAAAGCUUCGAGUGCCGUCUGCUGUGUCUUCGGGGAGUACUGAUGGAGGAGUGUUGUGGGUCUUUCAGAGUAAUUGAGGUGUUUUGUGUGUAAUGUGUGUGUGAGACGCUCUUCUGAGACUGAAGCAUCGCUGUGGAGACUCAAACACUCAGAUCUGCGGAGACUCAUUAACUGAAGGAUCACAGACACAGUAACGAAGCUCGGGUCAGAUGCUGAGGAUGGCUGUGGACUUCAGUGGACGCUGGAAGCUCUAUGAUCAGGAGAACGCAGAGGAGUUCCUCAGAGCCGUCUCCGCUCCUGCGAUUUACAUUAAAAUGAUGAAUGAAGUCAAACCUCUGACCACCAUUCAGCAAAACGGAGAUGAGUUCAUCAUCUGUGUGAAAACUCCUCUGAGAAGCAACACAAACAGCUUCACCAUCGGCGCUGAGAGCGAGUUCAACACCAUGGACGGCCAGAGGAUCAAGGCCACAGCUCGACUCAUCGACGGGAAGAUUGUGAUCGAAUCGGAGAAGUUCACACACACGAGAGAGAUCCGGGGCGAGGACAUGAUCGAGACGUUCUCUGCCGGAAGCGUGACUCUCGUCAGGAGGAGCAGAAGAGUUUAAUCAACCGCUUUAACCUUUCACAAUAUAUUACUGGAACCUUCUACUUGUGAUAAAAAUAACAUUUAACUUUAUUGAAAUAAAAUAUUGACACACACACACACACAUGUUCGUUUUUGUGAAAAGUGGGGACUCUCCAUAGGCGUAAUGGUGUUUAUACUGUACUUACUGUAUGUGCUAUUGUCCUACACCUACCCUACACCUAAACCUACCCCUUACAGGAGACUGUGCAUUUCAACUUUCCCCAAAAAAACCUCAUUCUGUGUGAUUUAUAAGCGUUUUGAAAAGUGGGGACAUGGGUCAAUGUCCUGAGAUGCCACCUUCACCUUGUAAUA